CACUUCCACUCUCUAAAAUUCUCCAGCGAAUUUGCCAUCUUUUCCCCCCUUUCUCAUUUUCUCUCUCCUCUUUUCUAGGGUUAGGGUUUACUUCUUCCGCUACUACCUAAGGAAAUUUCAACUCUUAACAAUGUCGAUUGAGACUCCUUUGUCUCUCUUUCAUUGCUCGGUAUCUUCUCUUACAACUUUUUAGAUCAAGUUAUGACUUGACUUGCUUUCUCUGGGUGGCAGUCUUGGAUUUGAGAUGUAUACUGUUCCUGACAAUGGAAAUACAGAAACUUAUGUGAUGCCAGGUACUGAGUUGAACCCACGCUUACCUAGUCCAGUUUUUGAGAACUUUGAAAUGAUGGCAAGUGAUGGAUCCGCUGAGUAUGUUGUCGACCCAAAUUUAUAUUAUCCUGCUGCCCCUGGUUAUGGUUAUUAUUGUACAGGAUUUGAAUCACCCGGCGAAUGGGAUGACCACCAUGCAGUUUUUGGUGUAGAUGGUGCAGAUAUCCAGUAUGCGGGUGCACAAACGGAAAAUUUGCCUUAUGUAUAUUAUACACCUACUUAUGGAUUGGGAGAUUCGCCAUUUAACCCUUACAAUCCUUAUAUACCUGGUGCUAUGCUAGGAGUUGAUGGUCCAUACGUGGGGCCACAACCUUACUAUACUGUAUCACCUUAUCCAAAUGCAGCCUCCUCUUCUGGAUAUUAUCCCGUUCUUGUCCAAUCUGGCCCUGAUAUUGUUGCAACUAGUACAACAGAUACACUGUCAGAUGUAGCUCCAUCUGCUAUGAAUCGAACAAAUGGCUCUGCUGCUAAGCGCACACAUUCCUCAUCUCCUGCUACAUUCUCUAUGAAUUCUUCUAAAGCUGCCUCCAGCCAGACACAUGCAGUCGCAGGAACAUCGCAAGGUUCAAAGAUUGGUACAGGAACAAGCAAGCGUCCUAUGAGUAAUAGAAGUAAUGGCUCUGUUGUGCCAGUCCAUGCAGCUUCAUCACAUGCGCCACAGGGUGGAAAUGCCCCGGGAUCACUGCAAUCUACGAGAAAUAUUUCAUAUGGGAAGCUUCUAUCUCAAGCUAAUCAAGUGAAAUAUCCAUAUUCAAUGGGUGGUGGUUUGGCGGAGUAUGGUACAGGCACCAACGGUCAAGCUGAUUUAAACGAUUCCUGGUCCAAAUUUUAUUACAGAAGACCUUCUAAUGAGAGCAAUGGGAACCCUGAUCAAUUGGGUGAGCAGAAUCGAGGGCCAAGAACCAACAAAUCAAAAAAUAAAUUCAUUGUGAAAGCCUACUCCACUAGGGCUGGGGACUGUAAUGCUGAAGGAAAUAUUGUAAUUUCAGCUGAUCAGUACAACAAAGAUGACUUUUCAGUGGACUGUCCUGCUGCAAAGUUUUUUGUCAUAAAAUCUUAUAGUGAGGAUGAUGUGCAUAAAAGCAUUAAGUACAAUGUUUGGUCUUCUACGCCCAAUGGCAACAAGAAACUUAGCACUGCGUAUGAAGAUGCUCAAAAGAUAGCUGCAGGAAAACCAAGAGGCUGCCCAGUCUUCCUCUUCUUUUCUGUCAAUGCAAGUGGACAGUUCUGUGGUGUUGCAGAGAUGAUUGGUCCAGUCGAUUUUGAUAAGGAUAUGGACUUUUGGCAGCAAGACAAGUGGAGUGGCAGUUUCCCUGUUAAAUGGCAUAUUAUAAAAGAUGUGCCAAACCCCACUUUUCGCCACAUCAUAUUGGAGAACAAUGAGCACAAGCCAGUGACUAAUAGCAGAGAUACACAAGAGAUAAUGCAUAAGCAAGGUGUGGAGAUGCUUAAGCUGUUCAGGAACUACUCAUCAAAAACCUCUUUGUUGGAUGACUUUAUGUACUAUGAAAAUCGGCAGAAGAUUAUGCAUGAAGAGAGAAUUCGUCAUUUUCGAAGGGCUAAUGGACAUGUACAUUCGAUUGAGGCUCCUGUCAGGCUAAAUACUGCAAUUGAUCAUUCCCAAAAAAUGGACGAGGCUGGUACCUGGGUUGAGAAAGUUGCACAGUCUAGUAAUUCAAGUGGCUUAAAAACACUGGUCAAAUCUUCGGAAGUGUCUUCAGGUGGUGGUGUUCAUUUGUCUGAUGUUGCAGCCAUGGUGCAGGAUUCCUCGGAUUUGCAAAUUGGCAAUGGUUCUUCUUUGAAGAUUGGUUCGUUAAGUAUCCAUCCAAAACCAAGCGAACGACAAUUGACUGCACCUGCUGCUUCAUCUCCUACUGCUGUUACGCCUGAAGCUGCUAAUGCACCAGCUAACGUUGUAACAGUAGGUUCUUUGCCGAUCAAAGUUGACGGAGCCAAGCGAUCAUCUGAAAUGCUUACUAUUGGGACCAUUGCGCUUGAUCCCAAAGCACUGCAACAUGGAAAAGUGGGUGGUUUUGUGAAGGGGGCUAUGCGAAAGUAAAUAUGGUGGAGUAUUCGUGAGUCCAGGAGUAAUGUUGAGUAUCUGGGUCACUGGGUGUGUAUAAUGUGGUUGUCUUCUUGAUAUUGUUCAGGCCUGAGUUUUUGUUUCUGUCGGAGUGUACCAUACCCGAGUCUUGUGGCAAUAGUUCUAGGAGCUUUUCAUUAUUUUGUUCCUGCUUUUGUUUCUUAUCUUCUUAUUUGUUGGGGGGAGGGGGUGGUUGGUUUGGAGGGUUUAGUUUUUGUUCCAAGGAGGAAGAAGUCCUAUUGGUUUACACCUUUUGGCCAUUUUUAGUUUAUACUCGAUGUAACAGUCAAAAGUCCUGAUUUUUGUUGGCAAAUCUUGCUGAAUACUGAUGGCUCAUGUUAAUCUGAAUUUUCUAAUUGUUCACACA